AUGACAGUCGAGAAGCUACGAAUGACUUUUGCUAGUCAGGGGUUACUUGAAAUGGUGGUAUCAGAUAAUGGGCCAGCUUUUGUGAGUAAAGAAUUUGAAGAAUUCCUAAGAAAGAAUGGAGUGCGACAUGUUACAUCAGCUCCUUAUAAUCCAUCUUUCAAUGGUCUUGUGGAACGAGCCGUGCAAACCUUCAAAGCAAGCAAGUGAUGAAGAAACAAAAGGGUUCCUUGCAAACACGACUGUCGCGAUUCCUGUUCAAGUAUCGGAUUACACCACACGCCACUACUGGCCAAGCACCAGUGCAAUUACUUUGGGGAACACAAUUACGGUCCCAUUUUUCUUUGAUCCAGCCCGACCCUGGAAAAACCGUGCAGUAUGCUCAGAAUAGACAGAAAGUUAAAUAUGAUCAACAUUUGAAGCCUAACAAUUUUUCGAUAGGAGAUGAAGUGUGGGUACGAAGUUACACAGCUCCUGAGAAGUGGUCAACCGGUAAGGUGAUAGAGGAAACUGGGCCAGUGUGGUACGGUGACAUCAUGAUCCGAUCCGACGGCAGACACCAAUCAGAUCUGAGACCACAGAGGAAUCAAGUGAAUCUACUGUUGAAGAAUCAGGUGACUCUGAGAGACGUUAUCCGACAAGACAAUGUAGGAUACCUCGAAAACUGA